CUCAAGCCAAAAAUGAAAAUCAUAUUUCUGAAAUGUAAUCAUAAUUACCAUUGCCAAAUUAUUUCUAGACUUUGUGAUUUGUAGAGAAAAUAUUAGCUUACUCAAUUAUUAUGAAUCUAGUAGAGCAGAUAAAAAGUUUUAUGAAAGAUGAAAAAUUGGUGACUGGAGCAGCUUGCAAUGCAGUUGAUUUUGCAAUUACUAAAGGAAUUUUAAUGAGGACUUCCGACAGGCGAGAUUCCUCAGAGGUGGUGCAGCAUGCACCUUUCACUUUGUUUCCAUCUCCUGUCCCAAGCCAUCUUAUGGAUCAAGCAAAAGAUGUUCAGAAGGAUUUCGGUUUUUUAAUGCAUGUGUUGAGUCAGGAUCAGGAUUUCCUAAAAUCUGCUUACAGCAGUGUACUUGAAUCGGAUGAGUUCACAAAGAAUCUUUUUGAUAUCUAUGAGAAAACUCGCCAAGAAAAACCUAAGAAAGCAGAAUUAGCGUUGAUUCGUUCAGACUACAUGCUCCAUCAACCUGAUCAAAAUACCAUAAGUUUAAAGCAAAUUGAAGUCAACAUGAUUGCUUCAAGUUUCAAUGGGAUUGGUACAGAAAAAGUUACUGCACUUCACGAGUAUAAUUUAAACAGCAAUGGCUUUAAGGACUUCCAUGACAGGAUGCCUGAAAAUCUUGCUUUGCCUAACUUGGCUGAUGGAAUGUUGGCAGCCUGGAAUCAUUACGGACAACCUAAUGCAGUUAUUGUGUUCAUUAUUAGUGACGUAGAACAAAAUAUAUUUGAUCAAAGGACAUUGGAAUUCAAAAUUAUAGAAAAGAAUCCGGAUGUUCGUGUGAGAAGAUAUACCUUAGGUGAAGUUGCUGAUAAAGGAAAACUUGAUUCCAAUUCAAAGCUUUUUAUAGCUGGUGAAGAAAUAGCUGUUGCAUACUACAGAGCUGGGUACACUCCAAAUGAUUACCUAUCACAAAAAGAAUGGGAUGCAAGAAGAAUGUUGGAUUGCAGUGACACUAUCAAUUGUCCUAGUGCUGGUCAUCAACUAGUUGGUGCUAAGAAGAUGCAAGAAGUUCUUACACAGCCUGGUGUAUUAGAAAAAUUUAUUAAAGGCACUGAUUCAUUGAAACGACUGAGAGAUACAUUCGUAGGAUUUUAUGGAUUGGAAAUGGGUGCUGAAGGAGAUGAAGCAGUUGCAAAAGUUUUGAAGAAUCCUGAUAACUAUGUUCUUAAACCACAACUCGAAGGUGGCGGAAACAAUUUAUAUAAUCAGGACCUUGUUGAUAAAUUAAAUGAAGUUGGAAGUGACAAAAGAAGAUGUAGUUACAUCAUCAUGGAAAAAGUUAGACCUAUGCCGGUUUCAACAAUUAUUAUCAGAGCUGGGUCUGGUCCACAACAAUUUAAACCCGUUGAAGGUGUCAGUGAACUUGGCAUAUAUGGAGUCUUUUUGGCGUCUGGUGACAAGAUAAUCAAGAACACAUGUGCAGGUCAUCUACUUCGUACCAAAGCAAGUCAUCAUGACGAUGGCGGGGUGGCAGCAGGUGUUGCUGUGUUAGAUUCGCCGUUACUUGUGUGAUUGUGUCUGAGUUACUAAUCUGAUAUUUUUUAUACUGGUUGUGAUAUAAGGAACAAGCGGAUUUAAUGAAGUCAAUUAAACAAAUAUGAGUUGUCUUUGAAAUGCUAUUUAUUUGAUUCUUGUCACCCAUAGAGUAAGAGACCAACAUUUUAACCACUGGUAACAUUGCCCACUGUAUGCACCUGACUAUCCAACCUUCAUACACAGUUGUCGUAUUACAGCAGGUUUAUUGCUCUGCAUUGAAAAGUAGAAUUAUAUAAAACCUCAAUCAACUGCCAUCCUGGUACUCCUAGAAAUCUUCUGAUAAUGCUUCUGGGGUUUUCAAUUUUGUGCUUCGUUAUGUUUAUUUUUGCUCAUUUUUAAUAUUUUAGUUCUGAAUCAAAGAAUAGGUUACUGGUCAAGUUUGCAUAAAUGUAUACAUUUGUUUCAUUUUCAAUCAUGUACAUUCAAGUAGUAACUUGUGUGUACGCUUGGCUACAACGUGAAGUCAGUAAGUGAUAUAUGGUUCCUUUAAGCCACUCCUGGUGGUAAAUGAUAUCUGCUUCGAGUGCAAACUGACAUUAAUAAUUAUUCAACUUUGGUUAACUACGAGUAUGUUUAAUGGAGGUUUCCUAUUCACUAAUUUCCUGUAUGUUUUGUUGAUGAAUGAAUAAGUGCAAUAAUGCAAUAAGAGUAGUAAAAUGUUAAAUUUAUUCAAUAGAAAUUAGUGAUGAUGCAGUAUUUCCAUCAUUAAUAGCAGUCUAAUAUUCAAGUUGCCCCUGUAGAUGCAUAAUUGAUGAUUCUUAUUACAUGGGCAAUGAAAUUCCCCACUGGUGCUACAUCAUAGUGUUUUCAUCAAUUUUUUCUAUAUUUCACCUAUUCUGGAAUACUGUUUAGCGAAAUCCCAAUAAAAUACCUAGUGCUUUGUUCUUAUGUAUAUGUCGAUCAAGUUCCAAUAUAUUCAAGUGCUUAUUGUAUAAGUUAGUUGUUUAUUUAUUCAAGAUAUGACCAUAUUUUUACACAGAUAUAUCUAAUUGAAUUUUUUUAUUCUAAUUCAAUCACUCUGAUUUUCAUGUAUCGUAUUGUGUUUGAUGUUAUAUUAUCAAUGUUCCCAAAGAAUAAGCUAUAUUUUUUCUAUAGCGUUGCUAAUGAUUACUUCUCAGAUACUACCAUCAAGAUUGUCAAUUGUUCAUUAUAAAUAGUACAAUAUAUAAUUCAGAAACUGUGUUUUUUUAG